CCUCAGCAUUGUGCAGUGCAGUGUGUCUGUGAUGCAAAACAGACCGUUGAGUGAAAGUUACUGCACAUACAUGACUGUUUUUAAGCUGCAGGAAGUUGAGCAUCUCAGACUAAAGUGUGCCACAGAAAUACAACCAGGAUUUGUUGGAAGCUUUGACAACCGGAAAGAACCAAAUAAGGAGCAGAGGGAAACGAACCCAUAUACUACUGUAGCUCUCUUUGGAUCCAGAGACCACAAUACAACUAUCAGAAGAGCAACAGAGCGAAUCUGAAAUUUGCUGUUCUCCUCCGCCACCCUGGAUUACAGACACAUUUAUUCCUGCUUAUUUUAUCUUUUAAUUAAAGUAUAACAAUGGUGGAAAAAUACAACCCUUGAUUACUUGACAAAUGCUGCCAUUGAGAGAAGAAAAGUUCCUAUUAUUUUGAAAUCCAUGCAAACUAGAAUACGGACGUUUAUGAACAAUGUUUCAAGCUGCUGAAAAUGCGUUAGAAACCAGCAUUUCAUUCACACUGUAAUGAUUAAACUUUGUGUCAUUCAGAGACGUUUAAAAGGAUGAGUUUGCAUACUGGAUCGACUUUUGUACAAUUUCCUGAAUCAAAUGCAGCUGGGAGCAUAUCUAAAGAUACAGAGUCAUCUAAUGGAAUGCCAGCACAAGGACAAAGUCAGUCUGUGAAGCCCAUUGGCUCUGCAGCGGCUAGAUUUCAAAUUCGCUCUGCUAAAGUACUUCAGCACAUGUCUGAGCCCACUACUAAGAAUCUCUCGACAAUUACAAAUCUUUUUGAGGGUGGGAGAGCUGAGAACACAUGCAAAAAAAAAAUUCCAAGUAAAGAUGAGCUCCACAAAGUUUGUACUUCUUCCACUAGUAGUAAACACACUGACACUGGUUACAAAGAGACACAUAAGACUGUAGGUAUUCAAGAGGAUGAGAUUCAAACUGCAAGUGAAAGGAGCAGUGAAGAGCGGAGGAGAUUUUAUCAGUCAAACAAAAGCCAAAGCUUAGACUGGAGAGGAGCGGGUAGUAAAGCAGGACUUGGAAAAAGAACUGGGAUAACUAGUGGGAGCAGAGAUCAUAAGUAUAUUAUGUAUUCAGAUAGUUUAGAGGCACAGGGAGCAAACAACAAGAUAACUUCACAAACAGAAGAGUAUCAACCUAACAGUAUUUUAUGGAGGAUUAAAGCUUACAAUUCAGCCAGUCAAGGUGAUCAGAGCAGUGACGAAAAAGUUUACCCAAUCUCUGGACAUACACCUGUGAGAAUGAGUCGGGAAACAAUUGCUCUGGAACGGGCAAGCAAUGGCCAGUCACUCCCUGCCAGACUGAAACCUAGACUUAGCCAAGGUUGUAUUGGAGAAGGCAGCAAUCCCUGGGCACACCUGCAACAAGGUGAAUCCAGUCUUGAUCAGACAGGCAAGAGAAAGGGAUCCUGGGCCAGAGAGCAAGGACUUACCAAUGCUGAGGAGGUAACAGGAAACCAAACGAUAAUUGAAAGAAUUGAGAAAUUGUUUGGGGCAAGUUUAACAGAUGCCAAGUCUGAUGUAAACCCAAAGGAUUCAAUCAGGGUAAAAUGCAACAGUACUCCAAAUUCGGAUAAAUCAUUUCCCUUCUCUGACGCUAUGGAUUCCACCCCAAAUUGCAGGAAGUCCACCACUGAAUCCAAGUCUGGAACUCCAUCUCCUUCUUUUGAUGUCCAACAAAGGAGACUUUCUUACAGUGUAGACAAAGCUGGAACAUUCCCAAGACAGUUUUCAAAAAAUGAAAGGACAUUCUUUGGUCAGAUGCAAGAACCAUCUACCACCUUAGAGAACGAAAAUGAGAAAAGAGAGGCUUCUCCUGGAUUAAGUGUUCUAGCAUCAUCAAAGCCUAACUGGAAUUUGGAAAGAUUAUUUGAGAAACAAAAUCUAUCACGUCUACCUGCAGACCAUGAAGAGGCAAGCAGCAUGUGGUUUAAAGGGUCUCCAGAGUUCUAUAGCCUGUCCUUAGAAAGGACCAGAAGUAGUCUCUCUGCCAAUGCUCAAUCCAGAGCUCCCAAUAUACACUCCACAUCUUAUGAAGGUAGUCCCACAAGUCCCUCAAGUCAAGGUGUCAAAUAUUUGGCAAUCACUUCAGAAGAAAAACAAUCAGAAAAGGAGACUACAAAAGCAAGCCUAAAAAGAUUACACAUAAGUGAAAGAAAGUGUCUAAAUGGUUUGCAGGAUACGAGUUAUUCUGACAAAGGUGGGAUCACCCAACCCAAGUCCCCACUAGCCUCAAAAGGAGCAGUACACAGCGAAAUACAGGAAGAGGAAGAGGACGUUUUUACUGUUAAGACUGAAGGAAGGAAAAUAGAAGGUGUGCUAGAAAACUUCUGUGUACCUACCUUAAAAUCUGUGAAGAAUACAAUCCACAUGUUUGAAGCCUUUGCUCAACAAAGCAAAAGUACUCCCCAAACAUUACGUGCCAGGAGGGCCUUAUCUGUACCAGUUCAGCACAAUCCAGUGGCUCUUUUAAAAAAGAGUGAUUCAGAUAAAAAUCUACAUUUUAGAAGAGUUGUAGGGAACACAGAAGGCCUAAGAACAAAUCUCUUUAGUAAAAGUGAUGCCAGUGAGGAGACAGAAGAUCUAAGUAGAACUCCUCAGUCAAUUUCCACUAUGAAAGUAAAAUCAGCAUUAGAACAAAGCAGAGAGACAAAAGAGAGUGUUGAGUAUCCUCCGACAUUGAAACAUCUAAAUUUACCAAAGACUGAACAAGAUAUCAGCACAUCGGAUAAAAAUGAAAGGAGGAAUGUGCAUAACAAACACAUAGAUGAAGCAGAUUUUGCCACCCCUACACACUUAGGGCUCAGAAACAUGGAGGCAAUGGAAGUAAAAGGAAGGAAUCCCACUUCUCAAUUUACAAUCACUCAAAAGUCAAAUGCCAACUGUUCAUUAAUAAAACAACAAAGAAUUAAUGUAGAAAUGGAUGAUGAUGAUGACGAGGAAACACCUACUAACUCUCCUGAUAGAGCCCCUCUCACAGUUAGCAUUCAGAGGCAGAGUAACUCCGCGACACCAGCUCAGUGUGAAGAACGUCAAACCUCAGGAUGUUCAGAUGGAGGUGUUUCCACUAUAGUUAAAACAGCAGACUUACCAGUAAAUGGUACCAAUGGGAAAGUGCUGUCCAGUGUUUCUCACAGUUCUAUUUCUACUAUUCCCAUCCAGACAAUCUCACUCAAUAAUUCUAAUAAUAAUAACUAUAAAACAACAACGAAGGAUUCAAACAUAUUAAGUGCUAGCGUGGCUAUAUGGAGCUCCGAUGAGGAAGAUGAUGAGGAGGAGGAUGAAGAGGCAACGGAGAUAGAAGAUGACUCUGACUCAGGAGAAUCAUCUGUGACCAUCACAAGCAACAUGAGCCAAUCAGAUCGCAGAAGUUUCUCUGUAAGUCUUGUGGAUCUAUGUAAUUGUGGUGGGGUGGACUAUAAAUCACCAGAUGGCAAUGUGUCAGAGGAUGGAGAAGAUUGUCUGUCCACACGCUCUGCUUCCCUAAGCUCAGAUGUCUCAGCCUUCUCUUGUGUGACUCUGCUGAGCACUGAUGAACUGGACCGCUUACUGGACGAUGUCAGAAGUUUGGGAGAUGACACCCUGCAGAAGUAUGAAGAUGUGCAGGUGGUUGUAUUACACAAGGAGGUGGGGAGUGGUUUAGGAUUUACCUUGGCAGGAGGAGUGGAUCAGAACAAACCAGUCACGGUGCACAGAGUAAUCCCAGGUGGAGUGGUAGCACAGGAAGGCUCUAUCUGCGAGGGUGACCAGGUGCUUUCGAUCAAUGGCACUGCCUUGAAGAACUCAGCCCAUUUGGAGGCUCUGCGUACGUUGAGAAAAGCAAGGGGGCAGGGCAUGGCAGUCGUGGUUCUUAAGAGAGGUGACCUCAGUGAGACACAACACAGCAGAAAAGAGGCCAGGCACAGACCAGGAAACACAGGCAAAAGAGUACAUGUGACUCUGAACAAGUCCAGCUCUGAUCUGGGCUUUAGUCUAGAAGGAGGAGUGGACUCCAGGAUGGGAGACAAACCCCUUGCUGUAAAAAAAAUCUUCCAAGGUGGACCAGUCAGUGAGGUGUUUCCUGGGGAUGAGUUGUUGGAGAUACAGGGUCAGAGUUUGUUGGGUAUGAGGCGUCUUGAAGCUUGGAACCUGAUAAAGAAGCUGCCCCCUGGUCCUGUGGAGAUCUUACUAAAUCGGCCUCACCAGCCACAUUGAAGAACUUUACUUUCCAUAUUACACAUCACUUUUAAAAGCACUUUGCAAUUCAGUCAUAAUUUAAAUACUUAUAGGGAAAAUAUCCUAUAUAAAAUAUAUAAGGAUUUUUGCAGAUUUUCAGUUCUGUAAUUAGGAAGUACAAUCAUUAGUGUAAUUUCACUGAAGUUAGAUAACUGUGGAUUAAUACUGCCAAAAUUCAGGUCAUGAAAUGUCAUUUGUUUGAAUAUGUCUAAACUGUAUUAUUUAAAAUAUUAUAUAUGCUAUAGAUAAUUUCAGGAUAAUGUUGUUUUUUUUUGUUUUUCUUUGCUACCAAGUAUGUAUAUAUGUAUUGUCUGUACAGCACUGAUCCGUCUCCAUUUAAAACUAUUUUAAACAUAAAAGCCAAAGUUGGCAACUUCUAUGUUGACUUUUAUAUAAAAAUAAAAAUAAAAAAAACACUGCCCAAUGUUACCAUUAAAAUAUGGUAAUGUU